UACACUGGUUGUGUUUCAUAAAAUCGGAGUAGAGAAAAUUUGAAGAUUCUUUGUAACUUUCGAUUGAUGUUUUAAUCGCGCUGUUAACUCUGGUAAUUGGAUUUAGAUAUUCUGUUCUCUGGAUUCAAUUGAAUAGAAAUUCAUCACAGUCCUUGCUGAUAUCAUAUUGUUGUUUAUUUGGAUUUCUGUAUCUAGGGGGCCGAUACACAUGGCGCCAAUUACUAAGCCAAAAAUAAUAAAAAUAUUAAGUGAUUAUGGCGCCCCUGCAACAAUAGAAGACCUGUCAGAGUUUGUUUCACGCCGACCAGGCAGGAAGAGGGUUUCGCUUAUUGAGGAUUUGCAAGCUGCUUUGGAAAAGGGGAUUAAAAAAAAAUAUUUAAAAAAAUAUAAUAAUCAUUAUUUCAAUAUUAACGAUACUGAAAAAUUAUUUGAAGAGAUUUCAUCGAAUUCAGAUGGUGAUUUGGAAGUACCAUCCCAGGCUGAAGAGCAGCAAACCAGUAUGCAGCAGUAUGAACCCCCCUUCGGUAUGGAUGCAGUCAAAGAUAAGAUGUGUGCAAUUUGCGGUAAACCUAAAGAUCCUUUAAAAAUGCAUUUAAGGGAUCUUUAAGUUUUCUUCAAUCACACAUUAUUAAUUAUGUUAAAAUCGGGGUUUUUUUUUAAACAUAAAAAUUGUUGAACAAUUUUACACAGAAAUUGUCAGAACUAUUCUUCCAUAUAUUUUUUUUUACC